AUGACCAUUAUACCAUUCCUGACAGUAUCUGUCAUUACUACUUACGUUAAUAGCGUGCCGAUUCCACAACUGCUCGGUGGAUCACUAGACUUAAAUGCUGGGAACUUGGAAGCACCAGUGAAUGACGGACUUGUAGACAACCUCUUAGGAAACUUGACUUAUUGA